UUUCAAAAAAGCUUCCAUUUUUUAUUGUUCUUCACCAUCAUCUUCUUUGUUAUUUCUGCUUGUGCUUAUCUAUCUCUUUCUUCUCUCAAAAGUUUCGUAUCUUUUGGGCUUUGAAUCUUGGAUUCUAGGUUCCGGAUUUCCAAUUAUGGAGCCACCUGGAAACGACGCCGUAGCAUACGACUCGGCUGAGCAGAUAAUUCUCCGGUGGGACUCCACGGCGUCGGAAGAUGCUAGAGAGAAGAUGAUCUUCGGCGGAGACCGACAGGAGAUCGACCUGUACUUGAGCGCCGUCGAUGAAAUCCAGCGCUCCAUGGAGUCGGCAUCGCUGUCGGAUGACCAGGGCAAAGCUAACAGCGCGAUCCAGAUCGCCAUGGCUCGACUCGAGGACGAGUUCCGUAGCAUCCUCAUAGCUCACACCAGUCCGAUCGAAGCUGAGUCGCUAUUCGAGUCGAGUUCUUCUUCUUCCAGAGUCGGUUACAGCCCCAGGACUAGCAGCAGCGAGAUGAGCUUGGGAGAGCAAGAGUUCAAGAGCUUUGACUUUGAGGAAGAAAGCUCGUUGACCAAGGAGCUAGAGCUUGAGGAGAGCCGGAGGAGCAGCAGCAGCUACCGAUCUAUGAGUAGCUUCCGAGAAAUCGACCUCAUGCCGCUGGAUGCAAUCCACGACCUCCGGAGCAUCGCCGUGCGGAUGAUUUCCGCCGGAUAUCUGCGCGAGUGUGUUCAGGUGUACGGCAGCGUCCGGAAGUCGGCGGUUGACGCGAGCUUCAGGAAGCUUGGGAUAGAGAAGUUGAGCAUCGGAGAUAUCCAGAGGAUGGAAUGGGAGACUCUCGAGACGAAGAUCCGACGAUGGAUACGGGCCGCCAAAUUGUGCGUUCGGAUACUCUUCGCCAGUGAGAAGAAGCUCUGCGAGCAAAUCUUCGAGGGUUUAGGCACCGCAACUGACGAUGCUUGCUUUAUGGAGACUAUCAAAGGUCCGGCUAUUCAGCUUUUUAAUUUCGCCGAAGCUAUUAGUAUUAGCCGGCGAUCACCGGAGAAAUUGUUUAAGAUUUUGGAUCUUCAUGAUGCUUUAUCAGAUUUAUUGCCUGAUAUAGAAAUAGUGUUUGAAUCAAAAUCCUCAGAGUCCUUUAGGGUUCAGGCAGCUGAGAUAUUGUCUAGGUUAGGAGAGGCAGUGAGAGGGAUAUUGUCUGAAUUUGAAAAUGCAGUGCUUCGUGAGCCUUCAAGAGUUGCUGUCCCAGGAGGAACUAUUCAUCCAUUGACUAGGUAUGUGAUGAAUUACAUCAGUUUGAUCUCUGAUUACAAACAGACUUUGGUUGAAUUGAUUGUUUCGAAUCCUUCAACGGGGUCAAGAUAUUCGAGUGACCCUAAUACACCAGAUAUGGAUUUCACCGAGGUAGAGGGGCAGACCCCUUUGGCGCUUCAUUUAAUUUGGAUAAUUGUGAUCUUACAGUUCAACUUAGAUGCGAAGUCUAAGCACUACAAAGAUGCUUCCUUGGCACAUUUGUUCAUGAUGAAUAAUGUUCAUUAUAUUGUUCAGAAGAUUAAGGGCUCACCCGAGCUAAGGGAGAUGAUUGGGGAUGAUUAUUUGAGGAAGUUAACUGGGAAGUUCAGGCAAGCAGCUACUAAUUACCAGAGGUCGACUUGGGUGAGGGUUUUGUAUUGUUUGAGAGAUGAGGGGUUGCAUGUUGGCAGCUUCUCAUCCGGGGUGUCAAAGACUGCCUUGAGAGAGAGGUUUAAGAGCUUCAAUGCUAUGUUUGAAGAGGUUCACCGAACACAGUCUACAUGGUUGAUACCAGAUACUCAGCUUCGUGAAGAGCUACGAAUUUCCAUGUCUGAGAGGUUGAUCCCUGCUUAUAGAUCUUUCCUUGGACGGUUUAGGAGUCAUAUUGAGAGUGGAAGGCACCCAGAAAAUUACAUUAAGUACUCGGUCGAGGACCUUGAGAAUGCAGUCCUUGAUUUCUUCGAGGGAAACCCAGUGUCUCAGCACUUGAGGAGGGCACCUCACUAAGGGGAUUGGUGUAAGUUUUUAUGAAUUAGAAUCUAGGCCAAUUCUUUGAUUCUUUGUGGAGUAUGCAGGAGACGGGGCAUCUGGUUGUCAAUCAGACUCUUAGUUGAGUUCCCAGAUAGUUUAAAGGGGUUGCUUAUUUAAUCUACUUCAAAACAGAGAAGAUCAAGAUUCAAGACAAGCCAUAAUAAGUCUCCAGCAUAGCUUCUGCUCCCCUGCCCGAAUCCUCCUAGCCAUGUUUCAGCAUUACAUGUACUGUGAAGAAAGGCUCUGGAUGUGUGAUUGCUUCUCUUCAGUAGAGAAGUUGUAGUUUAAAGUUUGUCUCGCCCCGGCGCUUCCUUUUUCGCCUUUCUGGGCGCUUCUCUCUAUCCAAUUGACAGAAAUUUCCUGGGUGGGGUGAAACAAAAUGUUGUGAAGUACUCUGCUUUUGUAAAAUAUACUUUACCCUGGCCUAGAUCAAUUCUUCUUUUGUUUUUCCUUGCUUCUCUUUUGGUCAUCCUUGUAUGAAGUAUAUUUAUGAACUCUGGGAAGGUGGUGCUUAAUUUUCAUUGUCAGCAGUUU